AGGGUUUUGCAUGCACAGACCUGUCAAUAAGCAUAUUGUCAUGCUUGUCUGUUUUAGGGUUUUAUGGUUUUUGUAUGUGUAAAUGUUGUCUAAGUGUUUAUAUGUGUGUGCAUGUGUUUGUUUGUGUUUGUGUGUGUGUGUGUGUGUGUGUGGGUAGUGGGUACAUAGUUUCUGGUAUGGUUUCAUAGGUUUACACAGGAAGUGUCUCUGUCUGAGUGAAAAAGUCACACAUUUCUGUCUCUUCACUCACUCCUAUGUAAUAUUGAACAGAGAUGCCAUAUGUGUGUCCACCAGCCUGUUUGCAGAGUAGACAGUGACAAUCCAAUUGCAAAAAGAAAACCUUCCUUGGUAUCGACUCCUGUCAAACACUGGUGUUUAAUAGCAACCAGUCAGGAGGACACGAUGAGAGCAGAAGUCCUGUUGAUGGUGAUGUGCUUGAUUGAUGGAAAUGUGACGGGAUGCUUGGUUCUGAAAACUAUUACAGUGUCAAAGCUUAGUAAAGUGAACAUCUCCUGUCCAUCUGUGGUGACCAACAGCUCAGAGCGCAAGUAUCUGCUCCUCUUCAAUGGUAGCUGUAUCAACUAUAUAACUACGAAUAAGGCUCUGAACUAUCCAGAGAAUUUCUUUGGUCACUUUGAAGUCACAGCGAACAACAGUGGAUUGUACCAGUGCAAGGUGGAGCUGGUUUAUCCUCCACCACACAGUGAGACAUGUCACACCACUGUACUCAAAGUGGCAGACAAGCCAGAAAUGAAUGAAACUGUUGCAGCAGCCAAUCAGAGCUGUCCAGUCAAGACCCCAUUCAUCCCUGACGUGGUGAUGUGGGCGGGAUGUGGCGUUCUAUUGGUCUACAGCCUGUUGUUCACCUGCAUUACCAUUGUUUUAUGGAGGAAGCUGAAGAGGGAUGACGACGAUACAAACGUGUAUAUCAACACCAGACCUGGAGAUGUCAAGAAACCCUACAAAGUUUGAAACAUCACAGCUAUUAAUAUCGGUCCUGUACUCUGAAUGUAGACUAUAUAUGGAGUGUGGUAGUUGUGGUAGUGGUGGACUAUUUAUACCUGUCCCCUGGUUUAGCUAUAAAUAGCGACACAGUCUCUGUAGGAAGGAGGUAGAGGUGGAUGAAUGGGUUAAUGUUGACUUUAAAUUUUAGACUUAGCUGACAUAUUAUUUUAAUUUCUUUUCAGUUUUUAGUUGUAGGUUAGGUUUUGGCAGCAAAACUAGUAAGUUCUUAGUUAAAGAUCAUGGCCAUGCAGGAUGCAGGUGCAAAUAACCACAUUACCUAUUUACACUCCAGAUGCAUAUAGCAUUGUUGGCUACAAACACCUGAGUGCUUGUCUUUGCCAUACUAAGCUAUAUACACCUGGGCAAAAACACAGACACAAAACCAUUAAAACACAGGGGUGUUUCCAGACUUUAAUGACUACCGUGGCACAAGUGGGGCACUGACUAUGCAGGGUGGCAUGAAGUAUGUGUCUCAGCUUUCCAGUCAUUCCCAAUUUAUGCAGUUCCAACACUGUUUAUGGACCCCACUUGAGGUCA